AACAAUUCAAGGAAAGCUCGUAUACAAUUAACAAUAAUUUUAAAAAAUUUUUUACUUUAUUAAUUAAUUAAAAAAUUUUUGUUUUUUUUUUUUUAUCUAAAUUUUUUAAAAAAUAAAAAAUGUUGCGGCUGUUUAAAAUUUUCAUAGCCGUUAUAUUUAUAAAUAAAUCGAUAAAUAUUUGUCUGGCAGAGCCACCAGAUAUAUAUCUCAAUAAUGUAGACUUUGUAGUGGGAAUUUUCGAAGCAAAUUCUGUUAAUUCUGGUCGAUUGACGUAUUUGAAUCAAGGCGUUUUAAUUAGUAAACGACUUGUACUCACAACAUCAGUUUAUGUGCUUUGGAAAAACAAUUUAAAAGUCCGUACUUAUGCUUGGCGAAAAAAACCUGGAACCCGAAACGACCACAAAGCUGAAAAAUCUCUUUACAUACAACACAAUGUUGAGGAAAAUGAGAUCUUUCCCGAAAUGACUAAAAUUUCUUAUUUGAUUUUGGAAAAAAAUCAUAAUGACGAUAUAAAAUAUAUUAAUUACGUAAAUUAUAAUGGCGGGGGAUUGCUCAGUCCAGGUAAUAGAUGUGCUUUAGUGAAGUUAAAAUGGAAUAAUGGAAUAAGAGAAUUAAAUAGUCAGAUAAAAGUCAAGCAGCGUCAUAUACAGUCACCUUUUUAUUAUUUAGAAAAAGGAUGCCCUAAUACUUUUUUUGAACUUAAAAAAAAAUAUUUAUCUGACACAGAAUAUUUUUUUUGUAUUGAAGAAACCGGAAAAAAAAAUUGUAAUCCGUAUCCAGGAGCUGCUUUAGUUUGCGAGGCUUAUGAACAAAUAGGAUACUACUACUUGGCAGGAAUUGAAAUUAUGCGAAACAAUUGUCAUCUUAUGUUUGCAGAUACGCAAGUUUUACAAAAUUCUAUUGAAACUUUAAUAAAACUAUUGUCUUAAAGAAUUAAAAUUUUAUUUUAUUUCAGUUUUAAUCUUUAUGUAAUGAUAUAAUUAAUUAUAUCUAAUAAAAUUCAUAUAAAACGA